CCCAGGCCGUCCCCCUCCUCCUCCCGCCGCGGAUCCUCCAGACAGCGAAGCCCCCGGCCGGGGCAGGGGGGACGCCCCUUCGGGGCACCCCCGGCUCUGAGCCGUCCGCGAAGCCACCUCCGCCCGAGCCGGCAAAAGAGCAGGCGAGCCGUCCGAGGCCCCAGAAUCUGAGUCUAGCCGCCGCCGCCACUGCGGGGAGGAGGGGGAGGAGGAGGGGGAGGAGGGACGAGCUGGUUGGGAGAAGAGGAAAAAAGUUUUGAGACUUUUCCGCUGCUACUGCGAGCCGGAGACGCGGGGAACGCUUGGCGCUGCGCUGUCCCACAGAGGCAGAACCUAGGAACCCCAGACCGCCCUGCUCACCGUCGUGGACGUUUGCUCGCUACACGGCGUUCCUCAGACGCCCCUAUCCCGGACCAGCCCUCGAGAGCCGCAAGCCCCGCCUCCCGCGAAGACUUCACCCCAAAACCGGGGCGCACCCCUUGCACGCCGCCCUCCCCCCAGCCUGCCUCCUGAGUCCCCCGCAUCCCAGGACCCUCUCUCCCCCAGGAGGCUGAUCUCCCUCAGAUCUGCUGGCAGUACCCCCCCCCUUAUUUAAGAGCACUCACUUUUUGGUCCCAGAGAGAGCGUUCAUCUCUUUUUUUUUUCCCCCCGGUGGCAUACUGAGACACCCUGUGUCAGAGCCUCACCGUGACUCCUGCUGCUUUCUCCCUCAACCUCAAAUUACUCAGGACUCUCUGCUACCUUUCCUUGGGAGACCCCCCCCAACCCUGCAGGGGCGGGGCCUCUGCAUCCCACCUUUGCCCGGGGUUCGCGCUCUUCGCAUUGCCGCGGGGCGCCGCCUCUCCCAUGCCGCCCUCGGGGCUGCGGCUACUGCCGCUUCUCCUCCCGCUCCCGUGGCUUCUAGUGCUGACGCCCGGGAGGCCAGCCGCGGGACUCUCCACCUGCAAGACCAUCGACAUGGAGCUGGUGAAGCGGAAGCGCAUCGAAGCCAUCCGUGGUCAGAUCCUGUCCAAACUACGGCUCGCUAGUCCCCCGAGCCAGGGGGAGGUGCCGCCCGGCCCGCUGCCCGAGGCCGUGCUUGCUUUGUACAACAGCACCCGCGACCGGGUAGCUGGCGAGAGCGCCGACCCGGAGCCGGAGCCCGAGGCAGACUACUACGCCAAAGAGGUCACCCGCGUGCUAAUGGUGGAUCGCGCCAACCGUGAGCUCGGAGGGGGCCAGGGAGCCGGGAGGGAGCCCGCAGGGGGCGCCGGAGUGCAGGGGUCACUGGGAGGAAAUUACCGGCAGAGGAAAUUGGCUGGAGGAAGGGGACUCCUGGGGGCUCCGGGAACGAAUGCAUGGGUACCCCAAAGAGGAUAUUUCUUCUUACAGUGCUUAAAAACGCAGGGAUCAUUGGGUUCCCUUUUCAGAAAGAAAUACAGCAACAAUUCCUGGCGUUACCUUAGUAACCGACUGCUGUCCCCCACCGAUACACCUGAGUGGUUGUCUUUUGACGUUACCUCAGUCGUCCGACAGUGGCUGAACCAAGGAGACGUAAUACAGGGCUUUCGCUUCAGCGCCCACUGCUCUUGUGACAGCAAAGAUAACGUACUCCACGUGGAAAUCAACGGGAUCAGUCCCAAACGUCGUGGUGACCUGGCCGCUAUUCACGACAUGAACCGACCCUUCCUGCUCCUCAUGGCCACCCCACUGGAGAGGGCCCAACACCUACACAGCUCGAGGCACCGCAGAGCCCUGGAUACCAACUACUGCUUCAGCUCCACCGAGAAGAACUGCUGUGUGCGACAGCUGUACAUUGACUUUCGGAAGGACCUGGGCUGGAAGUGGAUCCAUGAGCCCAAGGGCUACCACGCCAACUUCUGUCUGGGGCCCUGUCCCUACAUUUGGAGCCUGGACACACAGUACAGCAAGGUUCUUGCCCUCUACAACCAACACAAUCCGGGUGCUUCGGCGUCACCGUGCUGUGUGCCACAGGCGCUGGAGCCGCUGCCCAUCGUGUACUACGUGGGUCGCAAGCCCAAGGUGGAGCAGCUGUCCAACAUGAUUGUGCGCUCCUGCAAGUGCAGCUGAGGUCCCGCCCCGCCCCGCUCCUCCCGGCAGGCCCGGCCCCGCUCCCCGCCCCGCCCGCAGCGCUCGGGGCCGUAUUUAAGGACACCUGCACCCCUGCUAAGCCCACCAUUAAUGGGGGUGUCCAUUAAAGGUGA